CUGUAUUAUAUACAUAAAAAAGGGGAAAAAAACAUAUUAAAGGGGUCCAAUAGAAAUUUCAUUUUCUGUGUAUCCAUCACUCUCAUUUAUUUCUUGUUUCGGUUCUUGUAAUUUUUCCCAUCCUCUCUCACUCUUUUCCUCUCUUUUUUUAUUUUUCUUAGUAUUAAUGGAUGACCGUCUGGAUAAAUACACCAAGAUCAAGAAAAGACUUCGGGAGGCUAUCGAGUUGAAUGAAUCAUUGUCAAGAGGCUUUCAACGUGCACAGAAAAAGAUCAAACUGCUCUAUUUUGAGCGAAAUUUAUUACUGGAUCGACUUGCACAAAACCACCAUGAAAAGAAAGAGAAUAAUCAUGCGAUAAUAAUCAAUAAAGACGAGUCAUCCGAAGAAACAAGUGAUGAAGAACCUGCUGGUGUCACCUCAAAAUUAACCACCGUGGCCUCUGCUCCACCCAAACGCACCAAAAUGAACAAGAUGAAUAUCAAGACCAGACGAGUUCAGCCCAUAGAAAGAGACAACCAAGGUCAUCCAAAGCUACCUCAGCAAAUAGGUGUCUUGACCGUACUCAGUCUCGGUAAAAUCAAUCCUCAUCAAGACGCCUUUCAUAACGAGCGUUACAUCUUUCCGGUUGGUUAUACCGUACGAAGAACCUAUCCCAGCAUGAUUGACCCUCACAACAAUACCGUCAUUACUUCCACCAUCAUUGACGGUGGCGAUGGCCCUCGCUUUCAUGUCUUGGCCUCAGAUCAGCCUAUGGAUCCCAUCAUUGCAAAUUCGGCCACAGGUGCUUGGACGGUCGUCGUACGCAAAUCCAAUGAAAUUAGGCACAGAGAGCAUUCUAAUUCAGCAAGUGGUCCUGAUUAUUAUGGAUUCAAGCACCCCACCAUUGCCAAAAUGAUUCAGGAUCUACCCGGCGCAAAUCAAUUGAAAAAUUACGUCUGGCAAAAUUUCCAGGAAAUGGAACCGAGGGCAGCCAAAGGUGUCAUGGCUGCCGCAGAGAAAAAGAGAGAGACCCUGGAUCUCAUGGGGGGCAACAGCAUCACUUAUAAGAAAUCGUCACUACAAUAUAAAAAGCAACAGGAUGAACAGAUGUGUGAAAAGGUGCAAUAAAAGUCACACCUCCAAGACAACAACAACAACAACAACAACAACAACAACAACAACAACAAAAAUACCCAUGUUUAGCUUGUAUGCCUCUUUCUUUUAUAAGUGUCCAGGCAGCUUGAUGUAAUAAACAUUCAUAAUACUAUAACAUUCAGGUUUGUCUCCAGUUGAAUUUACACAAAAAACCUCUCUCUCUCUCUCUCUCUCUUUCACACCAAAUGGUAUCAUUUAUAGGUAAAUUUUGGUAUGGGCAACUGUAAAGCUUUUACUCUAUUCAAUGUUCACUCUGGAUGCAUAAGAACAUCCAUUGUUCAGUGUUUCGCUAGGUGUAUGGUGAUUACACAUACUCUGAUAAAUUAUUCAUUAUGAUCAAUUACUGUGCGUUGCCUCUUUUAAUCGGAUCGUGUGUGGUUUUU